UCUGAAGUUAUUGAGCCGGUGGUGAAAGUGUUUUCAUUACCAGAAACUUGCUUGCGUUCAAUACAAGUCCUUUAUUCGACGUUUUACCAGGCGGAGCGUGAAUGAAAAGAACAGUCGGGUUCCGUGAUGAGACGUUAUCGAUGUUUACAGUUUGAAUGCCGGCGUUUCCUCACCAGUCAAUGAUAUUGGCAAUAUUGUAGAAGCAUAUUGAAUCAUAUUGGACUACUCGUCUACUCUUCGUUAGUGUAACACUGGCAUCUAGCAUCGGGAAGAUAGCAUGUGGUUUUAACAAAUAUAUCGGAGUAGCUUUCAAGUAGGAUUAAAAUUGAAACAUAGUGGGAACAUUUUAUGCGUGUUUUAAUGGAAACACUUGCGAUAAAGUGAAGUAAAGUAUUUUAGUGCGUGCAUGCUAUAAUAUGAAUUUCGCAAGUUUAAUACAGAAGCAUCUUGUGUCGGAAUAAUCAAACCACUAUAUAAAAGAUUAUUUAAGUGAAUUUGUGCUGAAUUAUUUUGAGUGCUUGAGAAAAAUUAAACGAUUUUAUAAAAAAAAUUUAUGGAUUUAAUGUUGUAAUUUUCAUCGAGUCCUAGAACUUUGUUGGGAUAAACGAAAACUUAUUUGGGAUUUAAAUUAUAAAAGCAGAACCCCUCUGAACAUAACAAGUUUCUUAAAACAUCUCAUAUGUGCAACAAGUUUCUAAGGCGAGCGUGCAUUAAUGCUUGAAUUGUAAUUGAAAACCUCCGCUGAAAUCAAAGGAAUCUAUUGAAAUUCAUUGAUUUGAAAAGAAGCAAUCGUCUGUGUAGAGUGAUUUGUAGAUUUCUGAUUCUGAAUUUUCAUUCAGCGGCGCUGUUUCUUCUCAGUACGCUGACCAUAUUCGUGUUGAAUAGCACAAUAAUGACGGAAUUGGUCUGGAGUGUGCCGAAUUCGUGAAAAUAUUCGUCCUAUGAUUGCAAAUUGGAUGUUAUUCCUGGGAAGCUUGAUUUGGAGUUUUAGAGAAUCUUUGCAGCCAUAAUGGAGGCUCUAAUUGCCUUUUCUCUACAUUUCUAUACUUAUGGAUAAACAGAAGUGUAAGUUUUGCAUAUAGAUGGAUUUAUUGAAACAUAAUCUAAAGACUAAUUAGAAAUUAUGUGAGCAAAAUGACAAUAGGAUGGUGCAAGGAAGUACGGAGGGCUACUUUCGCUACUACUAUAGUUAGCGUCUGGAUUGUAACAUUAAUCGCAGUUUGUGCAGAAAACGUAACUUCUGCUCUAACAACACGUCAAACCAUUCCAAAAUUCCUACAAACACCUAAUAACGUAACAGUGCACCGGGGAGAACUCGCAGAACUUAUGUGUCACAUACAAAACCUGGGACCGAAAACGGUUGUAUGGAGGAAGGCAUCCGAGGAGAAUCCAUUGACACUGGGAACGACAAUAUUUCCACAGGCAAUGGAAAUCAGUAUCAAUCAUGCAGACAUUUCACCCAUAGAAAGUAAAUGGAAUUUACUUAUAAAAAACGUGCAACCAAAGCACGCUGGUGUUUACGAGUGUCAGAUAAGCUCAACGGGCAUAUACACACGUUAUGUUGCGCUUAAUGUUUUAAAAAGUCCAGUUGUCAGGAAACCAAAACUAACAAUUACGGGUACGCAGUAUGUAAACCGAUAUAAUGAUAUACAUUUAGUGUGUAACGCAACUGGUGUUAACAGAGCACCAGAAGAUGUUGACUGGUUUUUUAAUGGGAAUAAAAUUCAUACUACACAUCCACAUUGGUAUGGACGAAUAGAAAUAGUGAAACAUCGGCCUCUCCCAGGACGAUCUUAUAUCAGUGAAUUAAUUAUACAUCUCAGUACCAUGGAAGAUCAGGGAAAUUAUGUGUGUCGCAGUUCUGACUUAAACGUUAAUAGUAUGAAUGUUCAUAUAUUAAAUGAUAAAGAUACAGGCAUAAAAAUACGUGCACCAGGUGAGGAAAGUGAAAAGAUGAAAACGGCUGAAACGGGUACCCGCAACAAGACGUCAAGGGCAGUUAUAUCAUUAACAUUAUUUAUCACACAUUUGCUAUUAUUGUUUACUGCAUUGACUUGAAAGACGUGUUUGACAAGCCAGCAUAAACGGUGUAACGUUCUUAAAGCAAAAACAAUUGCUAAUUAAAAUAUUCCUUGCAAAGAAAUAACUGCGGUUUGCAGUGGCACUUUAUUCUUCAUGAGUGUUUGAAUACAAAGGAGGCGAUAAUGUUUAUUGUUCUUAAGUGCGCGACGUUUACUUCUAUGAGAGUAUAUGGCGUCCCUGUCUGGAAAUGCGUUCCAAACCUGCUCUGAAAUGAAGAUCCGUGCCGACUGCAUAUGAAAAUAUUUAACAUCAAUUGUGUUUUAUGACCGUCUACUUACAAACAGUUUUGAAGAUGUGUAUUUUAUAUUUUUGACAGUACUUAUUAUCUUCUGUGAAUGGCUCGUAAACAUAUUGUUACUAAAGUAGAAAAUAAUAACGAUCUAAUAAAAUAGUUAUGUGCAUAAACGUAUAAGCGUAUGGUUUGUUUACUAAGGAAAUUUUAGUUAAUAUUCUGCACAUUCAAUAAAAUGAAUGAUACACGAAUCGAGGAACACGUUUUCAGCUUAUGUUGUGUUAUCAAAUUGUUUUAUAUUCUUCAUUCUGUGUCGAUUUUUUUUAAACAUUUAAUCAUUGCUUCAAACAAUUUUUGUACAUAGAGUAUACAGUUAUCACACAACUAUAGAUCAAAUUGCAGAAACGUUGCACAACACCUUAUCAAACAUUAUAUUAAAUAUAAUAGAUAAGUUUUUCCAUGAGUUUGAAAUCAAGGUCCCUGUCAUCAAGAUUAUCAACUGAAAAUUUACUUUAUAUUGAUUAAUGGUACGUGUAAAUAUUUAAUGGUCAUGACAUGUGUAGAUUUAAAAUAUUUAAAUAAGCUUACUGUCAAAUAUGCGUUCAGCUACAUGGUCACGGGAACUCUAUUAUAGCUGUUAUUUAAACAACAACAACAACAACAAUUAAACCAAAGGAGGUUAUAAAAUUGACGUUAUGCAGAAAUACAGCAAAAUUGUUUAUCCGGAGUAACUGCUUCAGCUCGAUUCUUUGUGAUCGUGACAUUACCGGGAUAAAACACAUGUACUUAGAUCAAUUACAAAUACUAGUUUGUUUAUGGUUUAAGGUAUUGUGUUAUUUUUUAACAAAAAGUAUUUAUAUUACUAGAAAAAACAAGAUCUGUCGUUGUGCCUUAAUGUUGUAAAUUAGUUUCAUGGUUGGUAAUCGUGGUUGUGACUGCAAUGGAUAAGCUUGUAUGUAACAUGAUCAGAUUGAGGUCAGGACCAAUAUUUUACUCCUUUAAAUCGCCUCUUAAGAGAAGCAGUGGCAUGAAGUUUAAUAUUAUUCCUCUCAACCAUUGAGCAUAACAUAUAAUUUGAUAAAAUAUGAAAAGAAUAUUAAGUUAAUGCCUUUCAGAUUGCUCACAUACCGAUGUAUUAGUAAAGUUGUUGAUAGAUUACUUAUAAAGUACAAAUAAUUCAAUUCAUUUAAGUCAAACAUUUUAAUAAUGCUUUUGAUUACAUUAUUCAUUUUAAAAUAUCUUUUCCGUGAAUAUUGUAUAAUAUACAUAUAGUAAUAGCGAUUAAAUUAGGAGAUUUGAUUUAAAAAUUGAGAAGAGAUUGAUAAGAUUGAUUAUGUACAACACGGAAUUAAAACUACUCUCACUAUCUUUGUUCAUUUGAAAUAUUUCUGAAGGGCUUUGUAAAUAAUAUAUAUUAUACUUCAAACGAUUGCCUUGAUUUUUUUAUUUAAAGUGACGGACGCUAAACGAAUAAUACGACGAAGUUUAAAGAUACAGAAAGAAACUUAUAGCUAAAUUCUUUAACAUUAAUGAAAAAUAAAUAAAUUCCGUUAUAUAUGAUUGUAUGCAUUUUUUUAAACUUUUUUUUCCAGUUUGUAUUUUAUUGAUUUCUGCCGCACAAAUAAUGUUUGUUAGAAUACUGAAGGAUAUCAUUUUGGUCAUAGUUGUUGAAAAUCUUUAAAAAAAAUAUCGCUUUAUUAUUUUACAUUCGAUGAGAGAAAAUGACACAAAUAUUAAAGUGGUCAUUAAAAGGUUUACAUUUUUGUGUGGACAAGUUUGUACAAGUAUGUGUUAUGUUAAUACAGAUUCCAACAUUGUAGUACUAACUUUAUGAAUAUCAACUUUACAGAAGGUGUUCCUGUCCGUAUUAGUUGUUUUAGAACAAAAAGCCUAACAUUUUUCUUAUGUACAAUUUCCACAGGUACAUUUGUUACUUUUAAAUAUGACACAUUGUUUCAUAUUUGUUAUCAUGUUAAUAAAAUGUUUAUGCAAUUA